AUGAGAGCAGCUCAAUUGCUACUGAACGCGGCUAAAAAGAAGGCAUCUACAACCCCAGGCAUUCCAUUAGAAUUAACCCCUCUCUUUAUUGCCAUGGGUGUGGCUGUUUGUUCUGGUACUUGGUUCACCUACAGACAUUUAGCUCAUGACAAGACUCUAAGAUUAUACAAGAACCCAGAUAUUUCAAAGUUGGACGAGGUUUUGAAACAAGAGAACGAGAAAUGA